AUGAAAAGUUUUGCAAGCUGCUGUACUGUUCUUGGAGGGUUUAUACUUAGUUUUGGGCUGCUUUCUCUCUUCAUCAAGGAGAAACUGUAUAUAGCAGAAACCACGGUUGCAACUCUGUAUGGAAUUAUAUGCCGGUACGUUUUGGAGCAGAAGGGGGACACCGAGCUCUUGGAAAAUCUGCAAAACCCGCAGUUUUUGUUCCACUUCUCGCACAUCGUCCUCUCCCUGCAGCUGGUGGCUGUGGGUGUGACGGUUCCCCGCAUCUUCAUAAAGAAGAACUGGAGGCCCCUUGCAGUUCUGCUGCUUCCCGUCAUGCUUAUCAUGUACGCAUUCUCCAGCAUAAUAGUGAAAUACGCGCUGGACUUGGAGUGGCUCCCGGCAAUGAUCAUUGGAGCAUGCAUUACCCCUACAGAUCCUGUUCUGGCAAGUGCCGUCAUCAAGGGGAAGUUCGCGAAUAAGUACAUCCCCUCCCGGCUGCGGUACCUUCUUGCCGUGGAGAGCGGGGCAAAUGACGGGCUCGGAUUCCCCCUCCUCGUUCUCCCGAUCCUCCUCAUGAAGAGCGCGAAAAGAAGCGACCAGAUCGCAUACACCGCGAAGAAGUGGAUUUUUGAGACGUGGGGCUUUGAAAUACUCUUUGCAAUUGUCCUGGGGGCAGGGAUAGGCGCAGCUGCGCGCAUCCUGCUUAAGUACAGCGUAAAAAAGAUGCUCAUCGAUAAGGAAAGCUUUUUGGCGUACUCCCUCGCACUCGCCAUCCUCGUGACGGGCGUGACCGCGUUUAUACAGAGUGACGACUUGCUCGCAGUUUUUGCGUCCGGCCUUGUCUUCUCGUGGGACGAGGAAAUGGUUAGGGACAUGAAAAACUCGCACGUUAUGGAGGUCGUCGACUUGAUUUUCAACCAGUCGUUCUUCAUCGUGCUCGGGCUGAUCCUUCCGCUCGAUGCGUUCAGCCUGCGCAUGAUGGCAGGCGCGGUGCUGAUCCUGCUCUUUAGGAGAGUCCCAGCCCUGCUUCUUAUGAAGAAGUUCGGCCUUUUCCCAGGGCUUAGCACGCGGGAAAUCCUCUUCGCAGGAUGGUUUGGCCCGAUCGGAGUCGGAGCCAUUUUCUUCGCACACCACGCAGCACACGAACUGGAUGGCACCGCACACGCAGAGACAAUUCUGAAGACAGUUCAGGGGAUCGUCUUCUCGAGCAUUCUUGUGCACGGGACAACUGCGCCGAUUAUUCACAUGCACCUACGCAGGAAGCACCGGAAAACAAGAAAGACACUAGAGAGCAUGUACGAGUCAGACACUGAGGUGGAGAGAGAAGCAGAUAUGCAAAACCUGCAGGAAAUUAUAGGAUGA